ACUGAGACGCUCUGAAGCCCUAGAAAUCGCAGAGGGGACAGUGAGGGCCGCUAACCCUAGAAGGAGACAGAGCGGCGAUUGUUACUGCAAAGAUGGUGGCUUUCAGAUUUCAUCAGUAUCAGGUGGUGGGCCGUGCCCUUCCAACUCCGACCGAGGAGCACCCAAAGCUCUACAGGAUGAAGCUUUGGGCCACCAAUGAAGUCAGGGCCAAAUCCAAGUUUUGGUAUUUCCUCAGGAAACUUAAGAAAGUUAAGAAGAGCAAUGGUCAAGUGCUAGCCAUAAAUGAGAUUUUUGAGAAGAAACCCACAAAGAUUAAAAACUAUGGCAUCUGGCUGAGGUAUCAGAGUAGGACUGGAUAUCAUAACAUGUAUAAGGAAUAUAGGGAUACCACACUGAAUGGUGCAGUUGAGCAAAUGUAUAAUGAGAUGGCCUCACGUCACCGAGUGAGGUACCCAUGCAUCCAGAUCAUCAAGACAGCUACCAUUCCCGCAAAGCUUUGCAAGAGGGAGAACACCAAGCAGUUUCAUGACUCCAAAAUCAAGUUCCCCUUGGUUUUCAGGAAGUUUAGGCCACCAACCAGGAAGCUCAAGACUACCUUCAAGGCAUCAAGGCCCAACUUGUUUAUGUAAGUUUAGAGGCUCAUGAUUCGAAGAGAAAGGAGAAAUAGUAGGUUGUCAUUGCAAUCAAACAGUAUAUUUAUUGAACUUGUUUUUUGUUUUAAUUUUGAAUAUUCUAAUUUUGGGGUUGCUAGAGAUAUGGUUUUUUGGAUUUUUAAUUUUAAGAUGAGUUCUGGUUUUGUUUCGUUGGAAGCAAUCUUGUUAAAGCAUUUAUCACUAGGAACCUUCAGCUAUAUUACACCGGUUGGUACUUGUUAACGAGUGGAACCUAGGGCUCCUUGUUUCUUCU